CGUUUCAUGAUUCAUACUCUAAUCUAGUACUAGUGAGCCUUUACACAUUAUCACAAGUUUAAUUGAUUACAUAGAAGAGGAGAAUAUCUGUCUUUGCGGACCUGAGAGAUAUCAAUUAUACUAACAUUAUCAUUGAAAGAUUGAGACUGAUAUAAUAUAAAAUGGCUAAACUAGUCGGUUUAGCUGGAGUGCUAGUUUUCACACUUGCCCUAGUGAGGGGACUCAACGCGGGACAAUGUUUUGUUGGGGAAAUCUUUGGAACAGAAGAUGACGUGGCGGGUACGUGUACAAAGACAUGUCCAGAGGCAUCGGGAAAUACUGGUCGAGCAGGGUGUGAUAGGUUGUCAAAUUGUCGCCAUCACAUGGAGGGUUGGACGAGGGGGUUCGUGAGAUGUGACAUCUGUAAAUGCGACUGCUAUAAGAAUUGUCAAUCUGGAGAAAAGUGCAGAUUUGCUUCAGGAAAUACAGUUUCGCGCACAUACGUUGAGCCAGAUUUGAACAGCGGCUCGUGCACUAAAACAUGUUCGACUGUUCCAAAACAGUUCGACAAAUUCGGUUGUAAAGAGAUCAAGAAUUGUCGGAUGAGACAGCAGGGUUGGCUCAGAGGAUUUGUGCAUUGUGGCAUCUGCCAGUGUGACUGCGUUCUUCCUACAAUUGAUCCACUCGAUCUUGCACCUGGGAGACAUCCGGGCCAAUGCUAUGGUGAUUCAAGUGCCACAACUCCACCAGGCGGUCCAACUACUACUCCUCUCCCAGAGCAACCGACGCGGCGUCCAUGUGGAGGCGUGGAAGGAGGAGAUUGCGGACUUUUCGGACUACAAGACAAUGACGGAUCUGGUUUUUGUAACACGGAAAACAAACGCAAAUGCGUCGCCAUACCUACGUCUUCAAAAUUCACGACGGAUGGGAUAAACACUUUGAAUGUUAUGAGUUAUAACAUAUUCGAAAGACGAUUUGCUAUUUCACACGAUGGCCAGGUGGAAAGGACGUGCAGGAUACCAAAGAUGAUUGCUGAAAAAUUUAAUACUGUUGAUGUAGUCGUAUUUCAGGAGGUGUUCAUGGGUGGAUGUUGGCCAGAUAUCAACAUGAGAGAGCUCCUCAAUUUCUAUGGCUUUCCCUACACAACAGAAACCAUUGACGGUAGUGGCGAUUUCCUGCAAGUUGAAAAUGGUGGCGUUUUCAUUGCAUCGAGAUGGCCUAUUGUUGAAUCUAAAGCUCAUGUGUAUGCGGCAUUUGAUUCAUUUACUGCAGAUAGGCUUUCGAAGAAGGGUGUCAUGUAUGCCCAAAUAAGGAAGACUUUCAAUGGUGCCUCUAAAUCCUUCCAUAUCUUUGGAACACAUAUGCAGGCUGAGAAGGGCGCAAGUACAGAUCGAGCACGUGUUGCCCAAGCUCGAGAGAUGAACACCUUCCGUGGAAGCCUAAGAAUCCCAAGUAGCGAGCCUGUAAUUUACGCUGGUGACUUUAAUGUAGAUAAGAUACACGAACGUACACAUGCAAAUGAUGUUAUGGGAGCCCUUGAUGCUACAGUUCCUGCUGUAUCUGGCGCUCUUACGGGGACUCUUGAUACAAACAAAAAUGAACUGGCAAGGUUGGGCAAAUCUAGCGACGACCCCUCAGUUCAAUGGUUGGAUUACGUUGUGUACAACAACAAGCACCAGGUACCAAGAUCGGUCUCUAUGGUAGCACAUGAUGUGAAAGCAGACCAAUCUUUCAAAGUAUGUUGGUGUGAGGGCUGUAUCUUAAAGAGUAACGAUUACUUGUAUCCAGGAAGCAGCUGCUCGAAUGUUAAAGGAAUUCGAGAUCUUUCCGACCAUUUUCCAGUAACUGCAAAAUUUGUAUUUUAACAUGAAUAGACAUUACAAAUGUAAACCAGCUAUAUAUUGGAAUAAUAGAUUUACUGUAGAUUGUACGAGACUUCUAUUGUAAAUUAUAGUCUUUGUAAAUAAAAGUUUUGAUUGAUA